CUUAGGAUUUCUUCCUUUCACAUUUGCCAUUUUCACUCUCUCUUCAAAUUUCUUCAACUUUCUCUCUCUAGAAUGCCUCAAGUAGAUUUAGAAACUCUAGUUUCAGCCUGUGCCGGCGGGGGAUAUGACCGGAAAGUUGCAUGUGAAACUUUAGCGGACAGCGCCGGCGAAAAAACGGUGAAAAAUGAUUUAAACGCCGAUAAGAAGGAACCAGAAAAUCCGCCUGAUUUUCCGCCGGAAUCAUUCUGGCUUUCGAAAGAUGCUGAGUUCGAUUGGUUUGAUCGGAACGCUUUUUUGGAACGUAAAGAGUCCACGAAAGGUAUCGGUCCAAAUCCGACGAACUUAAAUACUCCAGGUUCCAAUUCGAAUUCGCAGAGAUUUUCGUCGGCUUUGAAAAAUAAGGCUUCGAUUAUUGGACUACCGAAGACUCAGAAGGCUAGUUUCGUCGAUUCGAAACGCCGAACUUGUAGACCGGCGAAUAUACGACUUUUCCCGGCGAAGCGGUCUGAAUCCACAUUGAAAUCAGCUUCAGUUACUGAACCGUCGUCGCCGAAAGUAUCCUGUAUGGGAAGAGUAAGAUCAAAACGAAGUCGCCGCCGAUCAUCUGAAAAACAAUCCAAAAAAUGUGAAAAAUCACUCGAGAGAUCACGAAGCAGUGGUGAGAAACGCAAAACCGGAUUCUGUUCACGGUUACUAUCGAUAUUCCGGUCUGGCCGGAAUCAGAAAAAACCGGCGAGGUCUAGUACGGAGAAAGCACUGGGUUCUAGGGUAGAAGGAUCGGUAAAACCACUAAGAAAAAGCAAGAGCGUGAGCGUAGCGAAAACACGCGGAGGUCCAGUUGGUGUUGAACCGGUUUCUGAACCGGCCGGUUUAGGAGGAAUGAAAAGGUUCGCCUCGGGCCGGAGAUCGGAAUCAUGGGUAGGCGAUGAAAUCAACGCAGUUGUUUAAAGUGUGGGUCCCAAGGAAGAAGUUUGAAAGAAGAGCACGAAAAGUCAAGUCUUAUAUGGUAGUAGUUGGAAAUUUUUUGGAAUAUGGCGGUAAAAUUAACGGCUUUUUCACUUACUCCGUUAAAAUUAGCGGUACUUUUUGGAUUUUUUUUUUCCUUUUCUUUUUUUUUUUUCAAAUUUAGAAAUGUUUUCCUUUCUCCUUGCUUUUUAAUUUUUGACCUUUUCAAUACUAGGUGAUGAAUAGGUUUAUGUAUUGUAAAUAAAUUUGGUUUUGGAGUGAAGGCUUGUAAAUUUUACUGUUCUGGUAGUUAGAUUAUAAUGAAGAUGGUUUGAAAAUAAUAGUAUUUUCUUUGUCGUCA